CUUGCUUUCUAUCAGCCGUAUGAGAACUUGCGAGCUAUGUUUAUUUACCACAGCUAAACAUACAUUGGUUAGUAGAUUUCCACUUUUACUGUUUUGUUUCCGAAUGAAAAACCUUUUUUAACUCAGAUAUGGAGGAACCGCAGGAUACAUCAUUUACAAUGGAGACUGAAAAUGGUGGCUCAGCAAUCGCUUCAACAGAAACAUGCGAAGAGAUAUCCUAUCAAUACCCAAGUCUGUUCGCCAGCAAAACAUUAUUAGAACUUUGCAAUUCUUCUUGGACACGGUCUUGUAAGGCUAAAGAAGACGUUCAGCCUUACUUGCGUGGUUGCAAAUGGUCUCCAGAUGGUACAUGCUGCCUUUCAGUAGUGAAUAAUGAUGGCGUGCACAUAACAGAGUUACCUAAGGAUUUAUAUUUUGGAGGGGUUUCAUCUAGCCGUACUAUUGACGUGUUGGACUCGGUGAUACAUGUGAAAGAAGCUGGAUUAGUUUAUGAUUUCUGCUGGUAUCCAUUUAUGAAUAGUGGAAUUCCUGAAUCAUGCUGUUGGAUUACCACUCGGCAGAAUGCACCUGUGCAGAUGUGGGAUGCCUUUGAUGGAUCUUUACGCUGUUCAUACAGAGGGUUCAAUGCUGUGGAUGAAAUGGAGCCCGCAUUGUCAGUCACAUUCAACAAGGAUGGUAAUAGAAUUAUUGCGGGAUACAAAAAAGUGUUGAGGACAUUUGAUGUUGACAGGCCUGGCAGAGACUUUGCGGAACACAAAAUAUCCAGUCCCGCAUCAUGUUUUGCUGUGGACAGUUCCUUACUGGCUAUUGGCUCCUGGAACACAACCAUCAGCUUGUAUAGUUUGGCUGAAACAGGAACUUACAAGAGUAUAGGAAAAAUGCAUGGACAUUCUGGUGGUGUAACACACAUGAAAUUUACUCCAGAUGGUCUUAAACUUGUUUCCGGUGCACGUAAGGACCACCGUCUUCUCGUAUGGGAUAUUAGAUACUACCGGAGACCUCUCAACAUUCUCAGCAGAGUGGUAGCAACAAAUCAGAGAAUUUACUUUGACAUAUCUCCGUGUGGGAAAUAUUUGGUCACUGGUGGUACAGAUGGUAAUCUCAAAGUGUGGGAUGUGGAUAGUGUAGACUGGAAAGAUAGUUUGGAUUCAACAAGUAUACAAGGAGACAAUGUGACAUACAAGUUCCCUUUGCACAAAGAUUGCUGUAACAGUGUCUCUAUACAUCCUUGUAGGCCAAUCCUAGCUACAGGAUCUGGUCAAUACCACUUCAAAGAUCCAAUUAAAUUAUUAGAUGAAACCGAACAAAUUAGUGAAGGUAAAGAGGAUAUAAACCAAAGUGAAGUUGUUGAACACAUUCAUAGUGAAGAUUUGAGGUACUCCUGCAAUGCUGAAAAUAGUUUAGUUUUUUGGUGGACUGGCGAUGUGACUGAUUUGAGGUGA